AUGGAGGUUUUCAUUUCCGCACAUAUACUACUGCUGAAGUUCCCCACACCCAUGGCACGAGCACGAUGUGUGGCAACCAAAUUGGCGCCUGAAGCUGCUAUGCUUAAGCAGUCAAAUCGACCAAUCGCCAAUAUAGGGGUUCGGAUCAAAACCUCCCUCUCACAAGAGCUUCGCUCUGAUCUUGUCGCCUUCCUCCGUCUCAACUUUGAGGUUUUCGCCUGGUCUUACAAUGACAUGCCCGACAUAUCACCAGACAUCAUAUCCUAUCGACUAAACAUUAAUCCUGUCAUCAGACCCGUUCGGCAGAAGUGUCGUGCUUAUGACCCAGAGAGGUACGAGGCCAUUAAGGCGGAGGUGGAUAAGCUGAGCAGCAUUGGAUUCAUCAAGGAGGUGGACUAUCCCACCUGGCUAGCCAAUGUGGUGAUGAUCUUUAUGCAUCCUGAUGACCAAGCCCAUGCAUCCUUCAUCACCGACCGUGGCCUCUAUCAGCGUCUUGUGAACAGCAUCUUUGCCCCAUUGAUUGGCAACACCAUUGAGGUUUAUGUCGAUGACAUGCUAGUCAAAAGUCGCAUUGUUGAUCAGCACAUCUCUAACCUAUCUGCCAUGUUCACCAUCCUAAAGCAGUAUAAAAUGAGGCGCAACCCCACGAAGUGUGCCUUUGGCGUAGCUUUGGGAAAAUUCUUUGGCUACAUGAUCAGCCAGCGGGGUAUUAAAGCUAACCCAGAAAAGAUUCAGGCCAUUUUAGACAUGAAAAUACCCAAGACGGUUAAGGACAUCCGGAGCCUUACCGGACGCGUUGCAGCCUUGACCAGGUUUAUCUCCAAGGUUAUUGAUCGCUGCGCCCCCUUCUUCAAGGCACUCAAGGGCAACAAGCGAAGUAUUACCUGGACUGCAGAAUGUGACAAGGCUUUCAGCAAACUCAAGGAGUAUAUGAGCCGGGCCCCUUUAUUGUCAACUCCUGAGCUUGGGGACAUCCUCAUGAUGUACCUCUCCGUCUCGACCACCGCAAUUAGCUUAGUGCUCAUCAGCCCCCACGAAGGUGCUGAACAUCUGGUGCACUAUGUUAGCAAGGGAUUGCAAGAUGCCGAGGUAUUGCAAAAGCCAGAGACUUUUGGCAGUUUGGUUAAGUGGGCUAUUGAGCUAGGUGAAUUUGAUCUCCACUACAAACCCCGCCCAGCUACAAAUGGCCAGGCUGUUGCUGACUUCAUCUCAGAAUUCACAGAACCCCAUGCUUUGGCCGUUCCACAAAUUAUAACCGAACCUACUCCUCCCUCGAGCCAGGACCACGGAUGUGAAGCUGGCCUCGUUCUCAUCUCCCCAGACAAAGUUGUCCUUGAGUACGCUCUCUGUUUCAAAUUCCACGCCUCCAACAAUGUUGCUGAGUAUGAAGCGUUCUUAGCUGGCCUUCGGCUAGCCAAGGAGAUGGGCCCUAAACAAAUCCAAAUAUUCAGCGACUCCCAGCUCAUUGUCCAUCAAGUCAACCAUCACUGCCAAGGACGUCUUUAUGACAGCCUACCUCCAACAUACCCGUCAUCUGCUUACAACCUUGGAGCAAGGCAUCGCCCUACAUGGAUGGACCCCAUCAUUCAGUUUUUGCAAAACCAGACAUUGCCUGCUGAUUCUGCUGAGGCACGGCAUUGUCUGACUCCAGAGGAAGAUAGCUAUGUUCUUAGGGAGAUCCAUGAGGGCAUCUGCGGACUUGACCUCAUUGGACCUAUGCCUGAGGGCAAGGGACAGGUCAAGUAUGCAGUCAUAACUGUGGACUACGUCACCAAGUGGGCUGAAGCUGAAGCCUUAGCCACCAUCACUGCAGCACGCAUUGAAACGUUCUUUUGGCAGAAUAUUGUUGAAGUUGUGAACAAGAUCAUCAAGAAGACUCUGAAGACCAAGCUUGACAAAGCCAAAGGUUGCUGGCCAGAGCUACUUCCAGAGGUUCUCUGGUCCUACCACACCACAUUUCGUACCUCAACAGGAGAAACACCGUUCUCUCUUUCCUUUGGUACCGAAGUCGUGGCACUAGUGGAGAUCGGCCAACCUACAUACCGAACCUCCACUUAUGAUGCCGAAGCCAAUGACGAGCAGUUAGCCCUAAACCUCGACUUCAUUGACGAGCUUCGUGACCAAUCCAACAUGCGCAACGUCGCGUACAAACAGCGCAUCGCCAAGUACUAUGACUUCGGAGUCAAACCCCGUGCUUUCAAGAUUGGGGACUAG